AUGCUGGCGGUGGUGCUACUAUUGUAUAAUGACCCAUUUCUAAUACCCUGGUGGCCCCAGAAACCUGCUGAGAAAACAAAAACUGAUAGUUUACCUCUGGAUAUGGCGACAGAUUCCAUUGAUGACAUGUAUGAUGGUUGCCGAUCCGAAGCAGCCUCUGUGAUCGACCUGUUUGGUGUGUUUGAUUGGCACUACAACAGAAACUUCAGUUUAGCCUGGGCUUCCGUUGAAAAAGAUGCAAAGAAACCUGCACACAAGCACCUGAAAGAUGACCAUGCUGUAGCUAUGUACAUGUACACGAAAGUGAAAAAAAUCCGACAACUUUUCAACGAAGCAGUAAAAGCAGGGAAACACAUAUACAGUACGUACAGCUUUAAGUUCCACUACCUCUACUUCUACCUGACAGACGCCAUUCACAUUCUGCGUCAAAAUCAAACAUCUUGCAGAAUCACUUAUCACAGAUCACUGGAAAAUUUUAACCACAAUGUCAUCAACACCAACAUGCGUUUUGGUGCUUUCAUUUGGGCAACUUCAAGCAAGCAGUCGUUUGAUUUUAAUGGCAAUGUUUCCUGUUUUGAGAUCUACACAUGCUUUGGUGCUGAUAUAACAUAUUACUCUGCUGAAAACCAAAAGGGACAGGUUUUGAUUCCUCCUUAUGAGGUUUUCAAAAUCACUGAUGUCCUGACAAAUGACCAGUGGUGCAGUGUGGUUUACAAGCUACAGAGCACUAAAACACCAAGGCGAGAUUUAAAUUGUAAAUUGAAUAAAAAACAAAUGGAAACAUAUUUUGGAGCUGUUUUAACACGCUGGCAUGUAAGCAGAGUUGUGACGAUGUCAGCAUGUAUAAUACUGUGGAUAAUAAGUUCUUUAAUUCUCAUAAAAAAGAGGCAAAAGCGUUUUGUGGCUACGGUGCUGGGAACUCUUCUGGUGCUGGUGAUCAUUAUGGUGAUAUGGAGAAUUAUCCAGUGA